AUGCCAUUUAUUGUUUAGAUUAAGAAAAUUCUGGAAAUCCAUUAAAUUUAUUUUUUUGAGACAAAGAAUGCUAAAAUAAAGGUUUAAUAUGUUCAUUUUUUAUGUUAAUCUAUAAUUAAUAACAUGUAAAAAACGUAUUUCCUUUAAAAACUAUUGUAUCAAAUUUUAAUUAAGCAAAUACUCCAAAAAAUCAAUAAGAAUUACACAAAUUACAUAAUAAAGGAAACUAAAUAUUUGAAUAUCAUCAUAAGAUUAAACAAACCUUUAGAUAAAAUCUAAUUGAAAUCAAAGAGAUGCUCAAUAAAUUAGAAAUAGAUAUUGAAAAAUAAAUUAAAGUACUUGAUCUGGAGGCUGAUUUAUUUAUUGAAGAUGCUUUUGAAAAUAAAUUACUUUUUUAAAUAUAUAAAAAUUAAAAAAAGAAUAAAUUGA